AUAAGGCCGUAAUUGAGUGCAUAUAUAAAGUAAAGGAGUGACGACUCGUCACUGACGAGUGUUACAAAGCAUUUGAGACUUCCUUUUCCUCUCACUAUUCAAGCAUUCAUUCAAACAUUCAUUUUGUCUGAAAUCAGUCAACAAAUUGAGACCAACUUUUGACCGAAAUCUAAGUCUAGUUUUCGGAUCCGAUAUGAGAGCAAAGGCGGAAGAAGCGUAUGAGGAGAUUGAAGCGGAAGAGAAGGAAGAUGAGGGAGAGGUCCAAAUAGACGGCACCCGAAGACAUCGGCGGAUCAAUUGGCAAAGCGACCACUGA